AUAUCAUUGUGUAAGUACGCCAUUUUACGGGCGUAUCAUUAACAUUGGCCUCGUUUAUUUGCUCACAGAGUAAUGGGUCCUACGGGAUCAGGAAAAAGCAAUUUUAUCAACAAGCUCAUAGGCAGUAAGGAAGAGUCCAAAGCGAGAAAACUCGAGUCUUGUACGCGAGACAUCCAUGAGCUUACAGUGAACCACACCGAUGGCAAACGCUAUGUGUUCGUGGACACGCCAGGGUUUGACGACACCUACCGGUCGGACCGUGAUAUACUUCGAACUAUUGCUAAUUGGUUGGAAAAGAAGUACCGGAGUCACGCUAAACUUACAGGGGUUAUCUACACACAUCGCAUCAGCGACAAUCGUAUGUCCGGAUCGGUCUGCAAGAACCUCGACUUGUUCGGCCGCUUGUGUGGGGACAACGCUGCACAGUGUGUGCGGUUGGUGACUACCAUGUGGGACAAUCAAAAACCGGGGAAUGAGGAAAUAGUGCAAAACAGGGUCUCGCAACUGGAGGGAAACUUCUGGGAACCUCUUAUCUCUCUAGGGGCACGUCAUGAAAAGUUUCUCAACACACAGGGAUCAGCCUGGAAUAUCAUAAAUGGAUUAGUGGAGCGCCGUACUCCCUUGGUCCAGGGAAACAUAGCUGCUGCGAGGAAAUUGGACGAAGCGAGUACGGGAAAUGUUCUUCUGAUCCAAGAAGAGAUGGUAGACGCGGAGAAGAAGUUGAAUGAGACCAGUGCGGGAAGGGCCCUCUACUCUCGAUUCCGGCAGCUACUGCGGGAGCAGCAGAAGAUACUCAAGCAACUUGCGGACGCGCUGGUGGAGAAGGAUCCAAGUGGGGCUGAACAAUUGCGAGCAGAGUAUGGUGAGAUUGAAGCUGCUAUGCUGAAGACAGAGGAUGAAAUGGAGAGAAUGAAAAUACCGCUUGCGAGACGGAUUGCCUUAUUUUUUGGGAAAAGGACUCGUUCUCGCACAGUCGCACUGCCCCUUCCACCAGGAGAAUUAGAUAAUAACAUCGCGGCAUGACCUCUGUGCGAAGGGUCGAAGUGUCGUUCUCACAAACUAUCAAGGCGUGAUCGAAAAACACAUAUCUUCCCUGCACACAUCGCGCCGAUAACGUACUGUGUGCGUUCCGAC